AUUUUGACUAGACCCUUGAUCAUUACCGAUAUUUAUUUAUAGUAAUAACAUUUUUUUUUUGCUUUUUCGAUUUGCGAUAAUAUUUAAAAGAAAAAUCUUCCUCACCACCAGACAUUUUUUUUUAUUCGAAAAACAUACCGAAUGCUUUGGAACUUGAUCUGAAUAAAAGCUAGCAGUAAGUUUUGUGCAUAGUUGCGAGUGAUUCACAACUUUCUGCAGUGUUUAGAAUUAAAAUUCAUCUAGAAAUUGAAAACUGUAUAGGGAAAAGGCUUGUUCUACUUUGGCGGAAACCCUUUCGAACAUAUGGAUGGAUAGUCACUGGUCAAGCCACUCUACCUGACGACUCGCUCACAUAAUAAAAAUAACAAACAAAAUUGUUCUCUCUCCAAGUGAUGAGAGAGUGCCAUUAGACCCUACGUAGUGCACCCUUCGAAGAUGCGACUCAGCAAAAACGCGUGUAGUAAGCGCUUACGCACUUAUGCAUAUAAAUAUGUAUAUACAUAGGUAUGCAUGUUUAUGAGUAAAAUUUUCGCACUGGUGGCGCCGUUGCUGACCGCUUUUUUUCACAUCGCUCACUAAUCACUUUUUAUCUCUAAGAUACAAAUAUUUUUCCUUUUCUAUUUCUAUUUUGUCGACGACCAUAUGUUGUUGUUGUUGUUUUUGAAGCUUGCUGCUCCAUUGUUUACAAGUUAUCGCCCGUGUUAUCUUGCAUAUUAUACAAGCGAGUUGUUGCUGUUGUUUCUAUGUAUUAUAUGUAUGUAUGCCAAGUAUGUGUCUGCAGGUCUAAGUAUUUAUCACUAGCCACCAAAUAGUCAGAAAGUUGUCUCGUUUGAUAAGACUAGACUACAUAUGCGCUAACUAAAUAGGCUGGAGGCCGUUUGAGAGCAAGAGUGUCGAAAUGUUUGCUUACACACACACACACACUAAAAUACAUACACAUGCAUAUAUAUGCAUGUAUAUUUUAGUUGAGCAGUGCAUGCGUGAGGCGCUUUUAGUAGUUUUGCUCGGUAAUACCUGUUGGUAUCGAAGCCAUUCGACAUUUUACUAAUUUACUGUUACAAUAACUACCUCUCGCUGAAUCGCGCUCUUCCUCACGCACACAUUAACACACACACACUCAUUACACUUUCCAUUUUUUCGCUGGUCGCUGCAGACUGCAAUAUUCGCGAGAUUAAAGUCCCGCUACGGUGCGGAAAAAAUGGCUCAUCUGAACGAUCGCUCGUCUGCCGGGUCUCCAGCCGCACGUGGGUGAGUGUAUGCGUGUGUAUUUGUUUGUUUAGUUUUCGAGCUGUUGAACGCAAUGGCUCGUUGACAGUUGUGUCUGAGCGCGCGGCCACAGCGUACAGGUAUUUCGGAAAAUUUCAACGAACGAAAAAUAUCUCAAAGAAAGAAAGAAAUUGUAUUAAACGAUUCACAAAAUAUCAGUUCAAAUGUAUGUAUAUAUGUAGAUACGCUUGACCGUGCAGAAAAAGCGGGAAAUUAACAAUUAAAAUAAAAGUGUCUUUUUUAUAAAUUUUUUUUUCGUGUGCGGGAAAUUGACGAAUGUUGCAAAGCGCUGACAGGAAAUGUUCGAAAGUAAUUCUCGCACAAACAAUUGUUUUUUGAAUGAAACGCGACCAAACAAUAUAGUAAUUGAUAACAAUACUAAAAAAACGUAUUUAAAUAAUAAUAAAUAACGAGUAUAAAAUAGUUUAAAAAAAAAAAUUGCCUAACGAAGCUUUUUUUUUACAAAGCGUGUACGAAAAUACAAAAAAGUGUGUGAAAUAGAAAACAUAAAAAAUAAACAAAUCGAAAAUCACUGAUGUGCACCAUGCGUAUGGUUUAAUUGUUUAUAAACAUUAGAAAUAUAUCAUUUGCGGUUUUGUUUGCAUUUCGUCGCGUUUUGUGGCUUUGUGAGAUAAUUUAUUUUAUAUUAUAUAUACCAAAAAUACAUAUAGUUCAACUUAUAUUCUAAAUAUAUGUAUGUACAUCAAACACAAUGCAAUUUAAAAUCUAAAAGAAUAUUUAUCAGAAAGAUAACGCAAAUUAUUAAUUUUGACGAAGUGAAAAUAUCGACGACAGACAAUUCCUUGUCAAUCGCUAAAAAAGCAGUGAUUCUCAAAAAUAUUGGACCUAGAGACACUAUAACAACAACUCAAUAAAACUGUGGCAAAAUAUCAACUUAAAUUACAACAAAAAUCGCAAAAUGCCAGCCAAGGAUUUAUUCAACCGCUGUCAGCCGGUACAGUUAUAUAUUGUGUUAUCGAUGUCCAUCGCCUAUUUCCUCGUACAGUUGGUACUCAGUCAUAUAACACACGCGCUAACGCUACUCAUGGCAUCCUAUCACAUGUUAUGUAAUAUUUUUGCGCUCAUAGGCUGCAUAGUAACAAUAAAGCACAGCAGAAAACAUGAUGAAACCCAACUCGAGCAUUUCAUCAGCUCCACAUAUGCCGAGAGCGACAGCAAUUUGCAAAAUGUUUCAAACAAAGAUAAAAUUAUUGUAGUAAAUAUGUCAGGAGCACCGUCACCAACAGUAUCACGCCAUCGACGUGAAAUGAAAUUGCGAAACACUUUUGGGUGGACGCGCAUAGAUAUACUGACCAUGCUGAUUGUUUUUAUUAUACUAGCAUCGCUGUCAUUUUCGCUGGUAGUGGAGGCCUUACAAACACUUGUACACAUCGAUCAUCAAGAUACAAUGCACUUGCCGAUUAUUGUCAUGAUACUCGGAUUUGUUGGACUAAUUUUAAAUGGCUUAACAUAUUUGCUAAUCGGUGGUUAUACAAUGCAUCAGGGUAGCUUUUUACAUGUGACACCUAGCGGAGAUGUAAUUUUAGAUCGUGUACUAUCAAAUAAUGAAGAAUUAAAAGCCGAUGAACGACAACUAUCAAAGCCAAAUAGUGAGACAAUUGAAAAUGAUCGACAGCUAAAGGAUGAUUUAAAAGCAGAAAUUGGUCAGAUACACUACGUGCCAAAACGUCAAGGUGCUGUGGAGAUGUUGCGUGAUGUGUCCAGCACUAUUUUCGUUAUAGUUUGUGCAUUUAUUGUCAAUAUGGCUGAAGAUGAAGAGCAUACGGCUAAAUUUAUCGAUCCCGUACUCUCAAUUUUCUCCUGUGUCCUACUAGUUUCUCUUAGUUAUCCGUACAUGAAGCAAUCGUGUCUAAUCCUUUUACAAACAAUUCCCGGUUCUAUUGAUAUGGAAGAUUUUGAACGUACAUUGGUAAUAAAAUUCCCUGAAAUCGUUAGCUACCACGAUCUGCACAUUUGGCAAUUGUCAGCUCAUAAAUCAGUAGCUACUGUACACAUAAUGUUUGAAAAUCCACGCCUGUACACAAAAAUCAUCGACGAUGUACGUGCAUAUUUCCAAAAUCGUGGCAUUACUGAAGUCACAAUUCAACCGGAAUUCCAAAGUCCGAAAUCACCAUCUAUAGAAUGCUUGAUGCAAUGUAACGCUAGUGAUUGUGUGGACAAAGUAUGCUGUAAGGAUUCACGUACGGAUCUGCGUGAGAUAAUCAGUACAUCACCAAAUGGCGAUGCUGAAACACCCGUCGAAAAGCACAGUACUGGCGAAAAUGAGGAUAAAUCUUUCAAUACAAUUCCUUUGAAGAGUGUAGAUGUGAAGAAGGCGAAAGAAAGUGUGCCGGAUGAAGAAAUAUCAAGGGAGAAAAUAGCCACAAUAGCGAAUGAUGACAGUAUUAAGGAAAUUGUAGUACCAAAAUGUGAUAAGCUCGAAGUAAAGUCUACUGAAGAAUCUAUAUCAACUGUUGAAAAGUCUGAAAUCUGUCUUGCUGCUAAAGUUCUCGACGAAAUCAAUGUGACAAAUGAUAGUAGUUGAUUGACUAUAUCAACGUAACUACAAAGCUUUUCUGAAGCUAAAAUGCUACCAAAUAAAUUUUCUUCAUAUAUAUUUAAGCAAAAAUAGUUAUGAAACCUAUACGAGUAGAUUUUAAAUGCAUAUACAUACAUGUGUUUUGAAAAAUUAACUUUACUUUUGAUACAUAAUUUUAAGUUUUCCAAGAAUUUAUAUGAAUUACGUAUUGUAAUUUGUUAAUUCAUAAGAAUUACGUGCUUUUAAGCUGACUAAGUACAAGUAGAGAAAUUUAAUUAUAAGUGUAUUAACCUUAAUAAUUAAGAAUUUCACGUACAUAUGUACAUAUGUAUAAUACAAGACCCACCCAUCCGUGUCAUUGUUGUUUUAAGAUUGAAAUUAUAUUUGUACUAAGAAUCAAUUGUGCAUAAAUGUUGCCUAAAAAAACAUUAAAUAAUAUUUAAACUACAAAAUAAAAUAAAGAGCAAAGUUUAUAUUAAAACAAAAAAAUACUUACAGUCAGAAGUUAAAUAAAUAUCAUUGAUACUGCGAAUUGGCCCAUCGAAAAAAAACAUAAUUUUACAUAAAUUUCAUUUCCUACAAAUGUAGUCUUGCCAUAAGUUCUGUUACAAGUUCAGACCGUUAUAAAAAUGAAACUAUAAAACAUUUUUUAAAAAUGUUAAUUUCAUUUAAUAAUGCAUAUAUUAAAUAGGUGAUGUACAGAAUUUUAUUCGAAAUGGUCCCAUUUUGAUUUCACAUAAGAUCUCAAACGAUUCGGCCAUUGAUCAAUAGCAGCACGCACAGUUUCUAUUGGAAUGGACUACGCUGGUCGAAGCUAACAUUUUUUGAGACUAUCCAAAUUUCUGUGGUAUUCGACAGGCUAUCUUCCAACUGUGACCACAAACUGUAGUGCAUUAGAAUAAAAUCUGUGCCGUCUUCUAAAACAUACUGCCGGUACACUUUUGCCCUAGUUUUAACCUCAUUUUCACAUAAGCAGAGAAAAGUAACGGUUUUACAAGAGACUCCCUACCAAAACAUUACAGCAGCUGGAUGAUUGAAUCUUUGGAAUAACAUUUUUUAUAUCUUAGUGCGGUAUCGAAAUAUUACAUAAGUAUUUGAGAAGCCCAUAAAUUCCACUUUCGCUUUUUCCACACUUGUGUAUGCAAUGUAAAGCAAUUACCGUUAUAUGUUUUUCUUUGGAUAACCACUACAUUAUUAAUAAGCGAAAGCAAACACUGAAUUGAAUAAGUAUAUGAGCAGACACUGCAUACAAAUUAUAGUACAAAAUAACGGCACUUUUUACAGCGAAUUUGUCUUCGCUGUGUGCAUUGUGCAAACUUUGUAACACAAUUUAUGGCAAGACUAAGUACAAUAUAUUAAACAAUUCUUCCAUUAACAAGCACUCAUGAGAGAUCACGUGUUUUCAUUUUCUUUAUACGAGUAUAUAAUUUAUUUUUCAAUAAGCAAUUUAAAAUUUGUUAAGAAGCUUUAAACGCUUUUCAAAGCUUCUGUUUGUAAUGCGAAAAGGAAAUGUAAAACCGCCAAUUCAAACUGUCAACAGAGAAUGUAAAAUAUCUAAUAAUCUACAUUCUCUGCUGUCAAGUUAUGUAGAAAACUGCUAAAACAAAAACAAUAUUAAGCAAUACUGUCAACUGUUAAUGAUGGAUGCAGGUAGCGCCAUUUAAAGUCAGAAAUUACUAACAGUAAAACUGUCAAAGUUCGUUAUGAAA